GUAGCGUCCGUUAGCAAGCUAGCUGUUGGGCAAAUUCAAGGAUUUUACCGCGCAAAAACAAUGGCACUUAAAAGGUUACAACUUGUCCAAAGGGAAGUGGACGUAGCCGAAGGACAGGUUGACAGACUGAUGAAGGAUGUAAACAAUAAAUAUGGAUCCGAUGAACAGCAUUUUCAAAAAUGCCAGGAACUGCAGAUAUCAGCAGAGAAGACUCUAAAGACACUACAGAAGUUAGGAAAGGUUGAGUUGGCUCCAGUGCAGGAUAGGAUGAGAUACGAUCAGAAGAAACAGCAAGAAGAGAGGCGACUGAAAAACAUCCUGGAGCGUCUGAACACGCUCUCUCUGGAGCUUUCACCACCAGGCCCCAGCACUGCAGCACACAUAGUUUCAAAAGAUGACAGUGAAGAUGAUGUUGAUGGAGACAGUAACAAAGACAGUAACGAUGAUGACACAGAUGAUGAAGAUGAGGACAGAGCUGUACAACUGCCAUGUCAUUCACAGCUCUAUGUGGUCCUCAGCAAUUUCAAAGGAGAACAAGAAGGAGAUCUUUCUAUUCAGAGGGGAGAGGUGUUGAGGAUCAUCAAGAAGGCAUCAGAUGGAUGGUGGUUGGCUCAGGACACCAAAGGCAACAGAGGAGUAGUUCCAAAAACUUUCUUAAAGAUCGGCUCUGGGGUUGAUGAUGAGGACGAAGAGGUCACAGAGGAUGAUGAUGAUGAUGAAAGCGAGGAGUCAGAUGAGGAGGAAGAAGAAGAUGAAGUUGAGGAGAAGCUUACUGAUGAUCCAGACAAAGACAGAGUUUUUAAUUGGUCCACUGUCAGAAAGGCUCUGACUCAGAUUGACACAACAGAUGUGUUGUCAGCGAUGGGAGCUAUACCUUCUGGAUUCAGACCAUCAACUCUCAGUAAACUGCUGGAGGAAGAUGUUAAAUUCAGAGCAAGUCACUAUAUUAAACCUGACCUCAGCCAAUCACAGCUCUCCUUCAAAGACCUCUUAUUGGUCCCAGACUCUGGCAGGGUCCGGUCCCGUCAGGUCAGGACUUGUGUUUGCUUCACUUUGUGGAGCUGCAGGAUGAUUCCCACUCCUGGAGUUGGAGUUCAAGUCCUAAGCAGACACAUCCGUCUCUGUGCCUUUGACGGAGCUCAGGCGCUGAGUAACAUUCACACAGUGAGAGCAUCUUAUAACCCAAAAAACCCGAAGACGUGGACCUUCUCACCAAUGGUGACUGGCGUCCUGCCCACCCUCCUUGAUGGUGAUUGUUUCCUACGCUGUGAUUCUUCGUCUCCUAACCUUGGAAUUCUUUUUGAGCUUGGAGUCACCUUUUUACGAAACUCCACAGGCGAGAGGGGAGAGCUGAGUUGUGGCUGGGCCUUCCUGAAACUGACUGAUGACACUGGAAAUCCAAUCCCAAACAAGACAUACGAGCUGCAGGUGAACGGUGGCACUCCUUAUGAGAAGGACGUCUUUGUGGAGGCAUCAGCUGGUAGAAAAUGUGAGGGGGGUGUUUUCCAACAGAUGCUUCAGGGCAAGCGGCAACCCAAACUGAACGUGAAGCUGAAAUCAACUAACAGCCGAACCCGUUCGCAGCUCAGUCUCCUUCCAGACACUCUGCUGUACUGUGUGAACUGUGUCCACAUGCUGGUUCUGCACCGACAGCUGCUGGCUGACACCCUGCUGAUCGACAGGCCCACCAUGCAGAAUGCAGAUCCUAUAAGCAGCCCGAUACUCUCAACGUUUCCUGUGCUGGUGGACCACACAGACCUGCUGGAUGCUCUCAGGAGUGCAUGGCUGGAGGCAGACGCUAACAUGAGCAGAGCACAGAAGAGAGACUUGACGUAUCUGAAGCAGGAGUUUAGUAAAGUCUACAUGUCUGUGUAUUUCCUGCUUCACUCACCUUCGCUGCCCUGUUAUCGCUGGGCGGACCCGCCCUCUGAGGAAGAGCGGGCCAGAGUCAUCUAUGCUGCCCUGGAGGAUCUCAAAACAUACCAACACACCGCCAGCCAAUCAGGAGGCGCGGAGAUCUUUUUGGAUUCCACUCAUUCACAUCUUGGUUUUGAUGUCCAAGAGUUGACAUUUGAUCUCCUCAGUGCUACACAGUGAGGAAAGCUUCACCUCACUGUGACAUUAGAUAAGACACUUUUAUUUGUAUCCACUUAGUCUAAUGUAAAAAAGGGACACCAGGAUUUGGUUCAUUCUUUAAUGCACCAUUAAGUUUUUAGAGGGUGUUUACAAGAAGAGGUUGGUGAAAAGAAAAUGUCCAUAAAACUUGAAAUCUGUUCAAAUUUAUAACAUUUUCACAUUUUCCUUUCAUCGGUUUGUGAAA